AUGAGUUUUGUAGUAAAUCGAUAUAUUCCAAGACCAAGCUCUUAUGUACCAUCUCAAUUUGAUAUAAAUAUUUUAAUGAUGGGUGAAACAGGUGUUGGUAAAUCAACAUUUAUUAAUGCAUUUGCUAAUUAUAUUAUUUAUAAUACACUUAAUGAGGCAAUACAAGAUGAAAUACAAGUACUUAUACCUUGUAUAUUUCAUAUUACUGAUCCAGACACAUAUGAACCAAAAAAGAUUUCGAUUGGACAAGCAAAUGAUGAUGAAAAAUGUGAACUAACUGGUCAAUCAAGUACACAAAUUUGUCAUAGUUAUAUUUUUUCAAUAGGAAAUCGUUUAUUACGUUUAAUUGAUGUUCCAGGUAUUGGUGAUGUAAGAGGUAUAGAUCAGGAUAAAAUAAACUGUGAUCAUAUUCUUGCUUAUAUAAAUCAUUAUGAACAUUUAAAUGGUAUUUGUAUAUUACUUAAACCAAAUAAUGAACGAUUAAAUAUUGGUUUUCGUUUUUGUUUUAAAGAAAUAUUAACACAUUUACAUAUUAAAGCAAAAGAUAAUCUUAUGUUUAUAUUUACUAAUGGACGAUCAACAUUUUAUCGACCUGGUUCUACAACUCCAUUAAUUCGAACUCUUAUUAAAGAACUAAAUGAUACAUGGAAAGUUGAAAUUCCAUUUAAUAAAGAAAAUACAUUUAUGUUUGAUAAUGAAGCAUUUCGUUUUUUAGUUUUAUGUAAAAAUGGACUGGAAUUUUCAAAUGAAGAAACGAAUAAUUAUAGUAAAAGUUGGGAAAUAUCAAUAAAAGAAUUUACUCGACUUAUUGAACGUAUUCUUAAAUGUGAAUUACAUGCUGUAAAAGAUAGUGUUUCAAUUAAUGCAGCUCAACAACUUAUACGUAAACUUACAAGACCAAUUGGUGAAAUAGCUCGACUUAUACAAGAAAAUAUUCAAUUAGCUAAAAAUCAUAAAAGUAAUAUUUUAAAUAAUCCAUUAUCGACAUUAUCAAAAAGAAUACCACAAAAAAUGGGAAAAAUUCUUCAUUUUGAUUAUCCACGUACAGUAUGUGUAAAUAGAAAAUGUACUGAAAUAAUUAUUGUUGAUGAUCAACGAAAAGUAGAUUAUAUAACUAAAUGUCAUCUACAUUGUUAUUUACGUGAUGUUGAACAAGAAUGUAUUGGUCAUUCAAUGUUAAAAGAUUGUCAUGCAAUUAAUAAACAAACAGGUUUGUGUAAUGAAUGUGGAUGUUCUUGGACGAUACAUAUGCAUAUCUCAUAUGAAUAUGAAACAUUUAUAACGUUUGUCAACAUAGAUAAUACUAAUUCACAGUCAGUAUUGACAAGUAUUGAUAAACAUAUUGCUGCUCUACGAGAAGAAGAAAAUUCUAUUCUUGAAGUAUGUGGUAAACUUUCACAAUUUUUAAAAAAGAAUUCUAUAACUCCUUAUAAUGAUGAAAUUCUUGGGUAUAUACGUUAUUUUAUUAGUGAAGAAGAAAUGAAAAGAGAUGCUGGUGCUAAGAAUAAAGAUGUUAUUCAAGGUCUGAAAAAUAUGAUUCAACAAUAUGAAAAUGAACAAAAAUUAUUUAAUGCAAUUCCUAAUGAAAACACAUCAUCUAUGGAUUCAAAGUUUAUACAUAAUGAAUAUGAGCUUGAAGAUAUAUUUGGUUUAGUCGGUAAGCUCUAUAAAUUACCUAUAAAUGGUUCAAGUAUUCAACAACAAGUUAAAGAAUUAAAAGAAAACCAAUGGGUAGCAAAUGAAAAACGAGAACAUUUUGUUGAAGUACCAUUUCAUGCUAAUUCUUCGACAAUAAUGCAACAAUUAAAAAAUAUAGUCAGUCAAUGA